GUGAUGUUAAAAUGGCGGUGGGUCUUAUUGAGUGCUGAGGAAACCGAAGUGAGAACUGUAUUGGUGUAUGAAGUAUAGUUCACAUGCAUGUGGCGGGCGCUCGUCCGUGUGGGAGUCUACGUGUACCUCACCGCUGCAGUUUGUAUGUGGGGUGUGAGUUUUUGUUGUUGUGGGUUAUGGAAGCUGCCGCCGCGUACUCCCGGGCGUGAUCGCCCUUCCCUGGCUGGUGGUGUUUGCCAAUGAAAAUGGAAGACAUGUCUCUAUCAGGCCUGGAUAAUAGUAAGCUUGAGGCCAUCGCCCAUGAUAUUUACACUGACCUGAUAGAUGACACGUGUUUGGGGUUGAGUUUUGAGGUUCAUCGUUCCGUCAAGUGUGGUUAUUUCAUGCUGGAUGAGACCGACUCCGAGAGCAUGAAGGACUUUGAAAUAAUCGACCAGCCCGGAGUAGAUAUAUUUGGCCAAGUUUAUAACCAGUGGAAGAGCAAGGAGUGCGUGUGUCCGAACUGUAACCGCAGCAUUGCAGCUUCCCGAUUUGCGCCCCAUCUGGAGAAAUGUUUGGGCAUGGGCAGGAACAGCAGCCGUAUCGCCAAUCGGAGGAUCGCGAGUAGCAACAACAUGAACAAGUCAGAGAGUGACCAGGAAGACAAUGAUGAUGUUAAUGACAAUGACUGGUCGUACGGAUCCGAGAAGAAAGGUGCGUUUAAGCCGUCUGGAGCAAAGAAGAGAAAAUCAGAAAAGAAUCCAAAUUCUCCACGCAGGUCAAAGUCCUUAAAACACAAGAAUGGAGAUCUUUCUACCAAUCCAGAAACGUUUAAGUAUAAUAGCAGCUCGGGAAUUAGUUACGAAAAUCUCGGACCAGACGAGCUUCACACGCUCCUAACCACGCAAUGCGGUGUUAUAUCGGAGCAUACAAAGAAGAUGUGCACCAGGUCACUUCGAUGUCCGCAGCACACAGAUGACCAGCGGAGAUCUGUCCGAGUUUACUUGCUAGGCUCCUCAGCCAGCUCGCUCCCCGAGGCUGACGGCAGCACCGAUAACGACAGUUUUGAUGUGGAGGGUCAGACGCUGAUGAGCCGGUUGCAGUGGGACGGAUCCUCGGAUAUUUCCCCGUCUGACUCUGCGUCCUCCAAAGCCAGUACAAAUAACUCAGACACAAGGAAGCCUAAGAAAAAGAAACCGAGUCACUUGGCCAUGGCAAGUACAGGAGGCAGCAACAAAAAGAAAAAACCUAAACCUCCUGCCCCGCUGACCCCUGGGAUGUACAGUGAACUCAACUGAGAAAAGCCCAAGGGGUAUUUAGGACAUGAAUCAGAACUAGCGUGUCCGCUCGAUGGCGGGCUGUUACCUCUCAGUAUAUUUAACCCUCUGGCAGCAGAACAGUACACGGACUGCACCCCUCCUAACAAGAGGGACUGUUGCUCUGCGGAGAGUUAAUCGCUGCUGCCGCCUUCCAUCUUGUCUGGCCACCGCUGUAUACAAUACCAGUUCUGGCUCCCUGACCGGUUGACGAGGACUUGGAAAGGUAACAUGACGGUACCCACCAUGAGCUGUUGUAGCUGACUCUUUGCGUGUUCGGUGGAUCUCUGCUGCUGGGUCGUGUGGUUUUAACUCUCGACUGGGGCCAGUCUGUGAAUGAGGUCUGCUUCAGAGAAACGUUAACCCACCGGGGUGCUUCCUCGUCGGUGACCUCAUCGCUUCUGAGUGGUGCCAGGGAGCAACAUGGUGCUACUGUCUGGCAGCUGAGGGUUAAAAGUGCUUGCAUGUUAAACAAAAAAAAAUCACACUAAGUAUUUCAUCGUAAGAAAUUGUACUUUAAUCAUGCUUUCAACGGGUUCAAGGGUCAAUCCCACAAGGGUGCAGGAAGAUGCUUAACACAGGGCUGUCCAAAACUGGGCUACCUGCAUAUCAGAAUAUCUUUUGUUGAUGUGCAAGCAAUUAAUUAAGGUAACCGUGGUGGGUUAAUUGCUUGUUGCUGAAAGAAAUCCUUCACGGUUGGGAAGCAGGCAGUGGUGACCAUUGGGACCAAAGAGGUGGUGGGCUAAAUUUGCCGGUGUUCUCUGCCGAGGCCGGCAACCCUGGAGACGUAGUCACAGAGGAUACCUAUCCUUGCCCGAGAUCCCUGUUCCUGCUUGGACAGUCCUUUGGUUAAAGGGGGUCAGUGGCGUUAAUUGACCUAAUGACUGUGAUGUGUUUCAAUGGGUUAAAAGGGCUGGCCCCACGAAGGAGCAAAGCGGCCUAAUGACUCCUACCUCCAUUAAACACCCUCAUUGGGGUCUUUGCUCCUGCGGGGUCGGCACUAUUGUCUUUAAAAUACUUGUUUUACAAGUAAAUGUACAAAUUAUCAAUUUGUAGCAUACAGUGUAUAAAAGGGUAUUCACUCACUUGGCCUAUUUCCCUCACCUAUAGCGGAGUAGAAAGUUUCAUAUAUAUAUACCUCUGUAAACGUGCGUGUAAUUAAACAGUAUGACAUAAA